UACUGUCAACUCUUUCCUUUCUUCUUACACCUCACUUGUGCUCCUCAUAUUGUCAAGUGAUAAUAUAGAUAAACAGCUAUGGCUAUCCGUGUACCCGGCAUCAUGCACGCUAAGCAGAGUCUACGCCAAUCUAAAUUGCUGGCAAAUCAGCUAUCCUCAACAUCUGUAAACGUUCCAAAAGGCUACUUUGCAGUAUAUGUUGGAGAGAGCCAAAAGAGACGAUUUGUUAUUCCUGUAUCAUUCUUGAGUCAGCCUUUAUUUCAAGAAUUGUUAAGAAAAGCUGAGGAAGAAUUCGGAUUUGAUCAUCCAAUGGGUGGCCUCACUAUUCCUUGCAGAGAAGACAUCUUCAUUGAUCUCACUUCUCGCUUGAAUUGAUCAUGAUAUGCAACACUUUUAGUAACCUAGAGAUACAAAUUUUGUAAAUCCAUGUAG